CGGCGGGCGCGAGGCGGUCGGGCUCACGGGACGAGCGGAAAACAAACAACAACGGCAGGUGCGAGGCGGGUCGGAAGCGUGAAACGAAACAAGAACCACCACUUGACCUCAUCAGGCGACUCUUCACCUCAGCUCAUCGGCCAACUGAGCCGCCGGCACAGCAGCUGAGACGACGGGAGCCGUUGCGGAACAGCAGCCGCGCCCAGAGCGUGGCCGGCAAGAGGCGGUUAUCCUUUUCCUUUUAUUAAUCCCCUGGCCGGCGUGUUGGCCAUAUGAGGCGGCGGCGACGAUCAAUGGCGCACUGCUACGAAGUACAUACAUGUGGACGAGACGACAACGACUCGACCAGGAUGCAAGGAAUGUGUGUGAGUGUGCGUGCGUGUGUGCGUGCGUUUGUGUGAGAAGUCCCUCGUCGGUCUCCGAUCGCUGCUGACAUACGCUGCUCUCUACUCCGUACUGUUGGGCGACAGACAGGGCGGCCGGGACAAAGGGGGGGCUGUGGGCUGCACCUGUUCGGAUGCCCCCCCGGUUUAUUUGGAGACGCCUUGUCAUGACGAGGACGAGGAUUUUUAAUACAACAUGACAUGCCGUCCAAAAGGGUGUGUUGCACCAGACGUGGCUCCGAUGCGGCCGAGCCUGGUUCUGUGUCUGAAAUUUGUUCUGCCCUGCAGGAGCGGGGGGUGGGAGGACGAGGAUGAGGACGAGGAGGAGGAGUAGGAAGAGGAGGAGCCUGUGUUUGACAAGUCACGCACGUCCCCGUGCAACAAACAGCCCAUUCUGCAUGUAAGCCGAAUGGUCUUGCAUAAAGUCCCCGGGAGCCCGGAGGUUGAUGACUUUUUUUCGAAUAUUUCUUCUCGAACUCGCCAAGAAACGCAUGGGGGCGUAUCUUUUUUAUUUUUUGCUUUUCCUCCCUCUGCUCCGUACAAUUAAUUGGUUUCCUUGUGUUACCUGGUACCAAGUAGACACCUGAACGCUAUAGAGAGAACAAGGAAACGCGAGAUAACAUUCCGCCGCCGCCACCACCACCACCAUCAUCAUCAUCAUCAUCAAAGUCAUCGCCCGCCAUGGCCUUGCCCGCCAACCCCAGCUCCGACUCGGAGCACAAGCACCCCGGCGGUGAGUCUCCUCUCGCUCUCAGCAAACCCGAAGGCGAGAUGACACCGCCGGGUGUCUCUACCCCGAUGGAGAUCGACGCAGAGACGAACAAGCGACUCCUGCGCAAGAUAGACUGGCGGCUCAUGCCCGUGCUCUGCUUCACGUACGCCCUCCAAUACUACGACAAGGCCAUCCUCAGCCAGGCCGCCAUCUUCGGCCUCCGAAAGGACCUUGGGCUGCAGGACGGCCUCAAGUACAGCUGGGUCUCGCUCAUCUUCUACUUUGGCAACCUCGUCGGCACGUAUCCCGUCGCCUUCCUGGCCCAGAGGUACCCGCCGCGCAUCGUGUGCACCGCCCUCUGCGUCAUCUGGUCCGUCAUCGUGCUCUGCACCACGGCCUGCACGUCCUACUCGGGCAUCCUCGCCAACCGCUUCUUCCUCGGCGUCGUCGAGGCCGGCAUCUCACCCAUCUUCAUGCUCGUCGUCGGCAUGUGGUACACGCACUCGGAGCAGGUCUUUCGCUCCAGCGUCUGGUACUCGUGCAGCGGCGGCUCGCUCCUCAUCUCGCCCGUCAUCAACUACGGCCUGGGCCGCAUCACCGGCGGCAGCCUGCACCCGUGGCAGUACAUGUACCUCGUCGCCGGCGGCGUCACCUUCAUCUGGGGCGUCGCGCUGUGGUGGAUCUUCCCGGACAGCCCGCAGAGGGCCAGGGGCUUCACCGACGAGGAGCGCAAGCUGCUCCUCGAGCGCGUCCGCGCCAACAACGCCGGCGCCGAGAACAAGCACUUCAAGCCCUACCAGUUCAAGGAGGCCCUGGCCGACUACCAGUUCUGGCUCAUCAUGGUCCUGUCUCUGGUCAGCUGCACCGGGUCCGCCGUCCUCACCGUUUUCGGCUCCAUUGUGUUCAACGGCAUGGGCUUCGACAUUUACACGUCGCUACUGCUUAAUCUGCCCAUCGGCGCCUUCGCCUUUAUCGCGAUUCUGGGCUCUGGUUACUUGGGCAUCAAGUUCCGCAAUGCGCGCCUAAACAUCAUUGCCGGAGCUUGCGCGCCCGUCAUCUUGGGCUGUGCGCUGGUGUGGCAGCUGCCCAAUUCAAAGCGCGGAGGACGCAUCUUUGGCCUCUACAUGAUCAGCUUCUUCUCGUCGUCGUGGGUGCAGUGCAUCGGCAUGGGCACAUCCAACGUCGCCGGCCACACGAAAAAGGCCACCUAUGCGGCGGGCACCUUUAUCGGGUAUGCUCUUGGCAAUAGCGUCGGCGCCUUGAUGUUUGACGCGAAAUACGCACCGCGGUACGACAACAGCUUCAUCGGCGUCAUGAUUUGCUUUGUGGUGUGCGUCAUCGUCGCUAUAUUCCUGCGCUUCUUGCUGGCGAGAGAGAAUGCCCGCCGAGACGGGGAAUACGGCGCCCCCAACAUCAUCCACGGGUUGGAGGACAUGACGGACAAGGAGAACAAGUCGUUCCGGUACAAUUUGUAGAGGACGGCGUGUUGACGGCCCACGCAUGUGAUGGAUCCGGUUGCUUCGCAUACAAACCUUGGGGAGCAACAAGAGCGAGAGAGACGAGCUGACGAUGUACGAGCGUAAUCCGAUGAUAGAUUUCGGCGUGUAUACUGUGCCAAGUAACAUAAUAAAGAGUAAAUACGC